AUGGCUGAUCAUCACUUACAGAAAUCUCUUGAAGACGCCAUCAGUGAAUUUAAGUGCUAUAAUGAUCGUACGACAUCACUAUUUAAGCGGACCUCGACUUGUUUUCAAGAGAUCUUGGAAAGCAUAGACAUCGGUUCGACUGAAGCAGAAGACACAAACACAUUGAUUCCCUUUUCUCAACUGGACGAAGUAGAAAGAGAGCUAAGGAAAAGCCCUUCUGUAUUUUUCAUUGGCGAAAGAAACUGUGGAAAGAGCUCCAUCAUUAAUGAGCUCCUUCAACAGAGUUCUUUACCCGUGCACGAAAAUCCAUGCACGGCAAGAAUCGUUAGGAUCAAAUACUCCGAUGAACCAUAUGCCGUUCUUCUCCGAUCGGAUGGCGUAGAAGUCGGCAGAAAGGCGCCAACAAGGGGAAGAAUUCCUGAGGAACUUAUAGUAGUCACUGAUCAGGACCGAGAGAACGAAAAUGCAUUGGACGCGACCGUGGAGGUGGGACUGAAGCACGAACUCCUCCGAAGUGGAAUCGAACUGAUUGACUCGCCUGGCAAGGGUGAGUCGGACGUGUUGGACACAGUUUUGAAUGAAUACCUGGAGAAAGGCAGUGUGCCCUUGUUUGUCUACGUUAUUGACGGAAAAGUACACCUGAGAGGAUCGGUAAGUCUGAGCUGAAUCUUCAAACAUUACUCAGAAUAUAAAGUAAUAUUCCUAUACUCAGCGGUACACUAAACUCUUCAAAGUACUCAUUACAGUAAAAAGCUACGUACGUUUAUAUAGAGCAAUAGAGUAUUGACUGCACCGCGAAAGGCCAACAUGCAUGCGUCAGUUUUAAAUGGCCUCAUGAUGUAUUGAAUUUGGAUAGGAUGUGUGGUAAUUUAUUAUCAUAGAUGCGUUUGGAAAGUGAUAUUUAUCCCGGAAGUACCACUAGUACACCUAGAUCAUCUUCAGAAUGUACUUCCUUUUUGCUUGAAACCCGUUGUUUGUUUAGGUCACUUGUCAACAACCAGCUGAGAAACAGACUUGUAAGGGAAAAAAAGAGGAAAUUUAUCAACAUCUGUCGGGCGAGAGCUGAUGCGUGUACAAUGCGAAAAGCGUAAGGCCUGUUUCAAAGGUCGUGCUCCUGCCGUGCUAAGCUGGCUCGACUGUAGCUCGACUGCAGCACGACACUAGCACGACGUGGUUUCGUACGUCGAAUUUAAUUCAUUCGAAUAGAACGGCUGUUGCCGAAAACGAAACACAAAAAUAAAGAAACGGUUUGGCAAACUUUUAAAUGUAUCAGUUCUAAUGUAUUUAUAAUUUAUGAAUUGAGUUUGGCACGGCAGUAGCGCGACGUUUGAAACCAAGUCGAGGUACUGCCGUGUAGCACGGCAAAGUUUCACGCUGAAGCUUGCCGUGCUACACGGCAGUAGUACGACUUGGUUUCAAACGUCACGCUACUAACGUGCUAAAGUCGAAUUUAAUUCGAUCAAUUUAGUUCGGCACGGCAGUAGCACGACGUUUGAAACGGGCCUAACCUGUAUAAAUUUGUUGUUUUUGUCUUGCACUAUUGCACAUUCAAAAGCGUUAUGCAUGAAAAAACAUAAUACAUAUAUUUAGCCAGGGCUAAAAGCGUACCUCCAGUUAAUAAAUUUAUAAUUUAAAUCAAACAAUAUGUAGGCUUGUAAUCCACAAAUCAGUUAACUGGGGAGGUCCAUAUGAAUUUUAAGGGUGGGUUUGGGUGAUUUUAGAGAAAAAAUAAUUUGCAAACAGGGCAAGAAUAAAAAACAACCUCUAAAAUCUUUCAUCGAGUUAAUAGUCUUAUAUGUACACCAAAUAAGAAGUAAUCACCUUUGAUCACAGUGGAUUAGGCGAGGAAAACAAAUUCAAAUUCUUCCCAAGCAAAAUGACCUAUUUGCCCAGCUACACCACCUUUAUUUUUUAAGGGUAUUUAUUGGAAAGGGCCGAAAUAUAAUUCUAUGCUAUAUAAGCCGUUAAGACACGAUAGUCCACGGUGGCAGGCAAUCUACACCUUAUAACUUAUUGGUUUUAUCUCUCUGUCUAAAGGAAAGACCAAAAUGAAAAACCAGGCCGAAUUUUUUUGUGUGGCUCGCUACAAGUUUACUUUGCAAAUCUGGUAGCGCGUAAACCAGCUUUUUUACAUCACCUGUGAGGUAAUUCUAAACAGAACUAUCAGGCGUUGUUUGGUUUAUCUUUCGGACCUCGAACAGAAUUUACGAUAUUUCAGUUUGCCCUAUUUUACUCAUAAUUCUGCAGUUUUUUACAGAAUAAUCUUACAAGACAAAUUGCACUCAUUUAAUAUUAAGGACGAUCGAAGCACGCGCUUCCCUUCCACAACAAAUUAUAAAAAUGACAACAACAUAACACGUUUUUAUAUAGAGACUUCACCAUUACGGAAGGGACUGUUCAGUCAGGUCAUUCUGCUGUUAUGUAGUAUGCGGGGUAAUGCUGGGCUUUGAGCAAAAACUUUCAAAAAAAUCUUAUUUUAAUUCAGUUUCCAAAAUCAACCGUCCACCCUUCCACUUCUGAAUUUUGCCAAGUAUCAAACUUGUAUUUUCCUUAGCAUUUUACUUCUAAAACACCAUAUAAAUGUUCAUUUGAUACGUGCAGCAGUUAAGUACUCCUGCAUGCGAUGUUUAUGUACAACUGAAACUGAACAACAAUCGGCAAAGCGAUAAGAAAGAGAUCUUGACAAACAAUGAAGACAAGAAAUAUAAUUCAAUGAUACACUUCAAAGGACAUUUUUAUUCACGAAGACUUGAAUUGAGAGUGAAGUGUCUCUGAAAAUGCGGUCAAGGAGUAAAACCUUACGCUCAGUAAGCUUACGUUUCAAGCUUCGCAGUGGUUGCUAUUUUUCAGGUUGAACUCGAGGCAAGAAUAUCGCUCAAAGCUUUCUUUUACAACCAAAAGGAUAACUAAAACUUCAGAACGUUUUCUUUCACUAAGUCGCGGUCAGAAAAUGUCUAAAGACUUUUUAAGUUCUGUACUAGGUCAUAUCCCCGUCUCAAAUCUUACAAAUAUGCGUAAAGUGACGGCCCCAUAAACAAUGCUCGAUUUCAUGAAACCAGCAAAAAGUAAACCUCAAAUGCAAUAUAAUUACUCAAGCUUACCGGUCGAGAUGCAGCCAUCAAGUAAGGCCAGAAUCGCUUAAGACUUUAUAACCCUCUUACGCAUCCAGUAAGACGAAGUACUAAGAGAAGCUCAUUUUUGAUAACGAUGAUUUCCGAUUACUUUUUGUCAAGCGGCGCAUUUCUCAACCAAAACCCCCAAAAGAGUCCCGGAUUAAAUUUUCUUAAAAAGCUCCACACCUUCAUGGGAAGGAUACAACCCAUAAGUCCCUAAACCAUGCGUUAUGAGGGUGCAAAAUGUUGGAUCCAAACGGAUUGUUGCGCUACGCUUCGGCGAUCACGGAAUAAAAGAAAUGUUGGCUGAAAAGUUUGACCGGUUUCAAACUUUGAGCAACAACAUCCAACAACAUCCAACAACAUGCAACAGGGUGUGCAAACGGAGGCAACAUGUAACAUCCAGAAAUGUACAAAAAAAGUGUGCUGCACGUGGAAAGUUGCUUUUUAGCUAAUUAGAUAUAUUGUUGUUUUUCACCGUUCUUCGGCGUUGCCUUCACCGCUUAGCAUUACACGAGUUUAUAUUUGUUUUGAACAAACUAUAAAUAUUAUCGAGAGUUUCGCUUUUAGCCCUGGUUAAAUCUAUAUAUUAUUGCAAUAUAAACUACGCGUUUAAUCUCAAAAGCAAUUUGGGUUACACUCACCCUCUCGUAGAGCAGUCUACGCAAAAAAAUCGGCUGAUCAAAUACAAAUUCUUCAAAAACUUCGAUUCGUCAGUUCUCUUAAAAGGGCGAAGCCACAAGACGCUCCGUAAUGGAGAAAACAGAGAAUAAGUACUCGAAGCAAAGAAGAGCAUGCGGUGUGGGGUCCGCACCACCAGAUGUUUGGUUUUGCGUCAGUGGUGAGUGCACAGGGGUUUCCGCAGCUUACUCCUGGACAUUCCCCAGGAUGACACUUGUAAUUUGGAGGCGAGAGCACAGGGAAGAGAAUGGGAAACUCUACGAUCUGGCUGCCUGGUCCUCACAGCGCAUGCUAUUCUAUCCAAAACCCAAACUUUGGUCGAUAAUUCUGGAUUCCAGAUACUAAAUUUUGGAAUCUCUGUCAGUGGAAGUUGGAUUCCGGAUUCCGACUAAUAGCGGGUUAUAUGGAAUCCCGAUAACCUUACAUAGGGCGACUUUUUGGUUUGGUUUUACCCAAUACAUACCACAGAAAACCAAGCAAAAGAUAGGAGCCCGACUCGAAUCCUGGUCGGCCACGGUGUUCUAAAGAAACUCCCUUUUGCCAGGCAAACGGCUUGGUCUUUGUGUGGCUCGGAUGACCACCAAGUAAUGGCGGUCCUGUUUCCAGUAGGAAACGCAAAAACAGUGGUCACAAUUUGAAGGAGGAACUGCGAUGGCUGAUAAUCUGUCCACAAACCGUAACUCAAAAAAUUAAUUAAAAAUUAUAGCUUUAUGUAUAAAGAGAGGAGAAGUGUGACGUCACGUUACCACGGUAGCACUAUUCCUGGAUGACAAGAAAACCAACGACGACGGCGACGACAAGGACAACGGCAAGAAAAUAAAAUGUUUAUAUUAACAAACAGCAACUUUGCACGUGAAACACGCUAUUUUAUACAUUUCUUUGCCAUCGUUGCACCACUACGACAUGAAAUUUCCUUAUUUCACGAGCUCGCUUUAUGGAGUAGGUUAACACGACACAAAAAUUGUCGCUUUCUUUUUCUAAACUUAGAUAACGAUAGAUACGGUCCCAAAGAAAAUUUCGCCACGAUUUGCCAAAUUAAAUGAAAUUAAAUCGGGGAAGUUUGAAAUAGUGCGAAUAGACUUUCAAGUGACUUUAUCGACUUGUUGUCAUCCAAAAAUUUUGCUACCAUGGCAACGUGACGCAAGGACUUCUCCUCUCUAUUUUGUUUGAGUGAGUGGUGGAAGGAAGGAACGUUUUAAGGUGGAACGGAGAGGCCGCAGAAAAGGCCGCACGAAAACGCUUUAAGUAACACCAUUUUGUUCUUCAUUUUUUUUAUUUAAGGAUAAAGAAACCCUGAGCUUCUUGAAAAACAAAUUUCCUCAGUGUCUCAUCAUAUUUGUAUGCAACAAGGUAGACAUCACUGAAGAAGCGCAUGAUUCUGACGAAGAUUCCGAUGACAGCGACGACAGCAGUGACGAAGAAAGCAGACUUGACAAAGGAGAGGUAGUUUUCAGUCAGUUGAAAGAAAGCAACUUUCUCACGGAAAAUUCAUCGAAAACGUGUUCUUUAUAUCACGCCAUUUCCGCGAGGGCAGUUAGAAAUGAAAGAAGAAAUAGUUCUCCAAAGUCACAGGAAACCGAAAGAUUUGACCGAUUUGCGUCGUGUUUGCAGCAUCAUCUUGGAAAAGUCAUGAAGACACAGACCAGGCAGGUUGUUCAAAAACUUCUUGUUCUUCAAGAGAGCUUUGUGAACAUAGUCCAGGUGCAGAGAACUGUCAUCACAGAGAAAGCGUCUCUUUUGCCGCAAGUUGUUAAGAAGGGCAAUGACAUAGAAACGAAAAUUUUCAAAUCGCUUUCACGGCUUACUUUCGCCUCAGAUGGUGCCAAAGAAAGACUCGUGGAUAGUAUAGGACGUGCAAAAGCAGAAUGUGUUAAAGACGCUGAAGUCUACAAACCAGUCAACCUCCGACAUCUUAAAAAUGACGCCCAAACGAUGGUUAAAACAGACCUUCCUGAUCUCUCGGCUGAACUCACUACACUACUCAGUACAAACUUUGACAUCGGUUUUCAGCGAUUCCUGAGUGAUAUGAAAGGAGGCAUUUUGGAAAAGAUGUGUAAUUCACUUGGGCGUUUUGUCGAGGCGGCAAUGAAUGAAAUGGUGAGUGACCUGACCGAGGAUAUAAUUGCAUUCAAUGAAGAACUGGCCCAUCCCAUGGUCUCUCGCAUUCUAGAAGAGAGCUAUGACAUUCAGUUCCUGGCAGUCAAAGCAGAAGCUGAUGAACUGAUUCAAACUGUUUUAAACGGACUGCUUGAUUCCUUUAAAGAGGCCGCUAGCAUUGCUCUGAGACGAGAAAUUUCUGAACCCCUCAGUGCAAUAGAUACGUCAAGUUACACCAACAACGACGUUAACAGAAAAGAAACUCGUAAGGCCAUCGUGUCAUCUCUUCUUGAGACGAUUGUCGAGGAGCGAGUGGCAAAAGCAGUACACGAGGCCUGUUGCAAUCGUCUCACAAAAAUGCACGAGCUGUUUAGCACAGCCGUGUCCUCGCUUUCCUCCUUGCAGAGAAAUUUUGCGCACUGCCCGGUGGCAUCUCGGCUUGAACUGUUUCGUGUCCAUUAUACACCUGAGAUACGCACUCUGGCUGUUGAAGGAAUGGCUCUGCAGAACAUGCAUCAUAGAGGGCCUGUAGAACUGGGCUCAAUUAUUGCCAAGACACGGAAGGGAGUCAUUUAUGAUUGCAUAAGUGAGCGCUGGUGCAAGGUUUCACCAAGUGGACAAUGCGCAGUAAAGGUGCUAGAAAAACGAAGCUUGGGCGAGGCUAUCUGGAAACAGACUGCCGUGGAUUUAGUCAAUAUGAUGUAAGUUAUGCCUUUAAAUUGUAUUGUUACUCUGCAUUGUCCUCGAGCUGGAAACAUUUACAAAGAGUUUGGUAAUUUGAUGUUAUUGUGAAGGGGUAAUUACUGUUAAUUCAGUGAACGUUCGCGAAUAUUGACAAUCAAUUGUCACGACCCGUAAAUUACUCUCCUAGAAUGAUUAGAGUGUAAUCCUCUCAUUGCCAUUUACUUUUACAAAUUGCCACGUGGUGCUCUCAUAAAAAUACAUUAUGUUGAGCACCUGAAAGGGAUACAUAGAAAAUUGUUAAAUAACAUAAGCUCAUUUAAUGCCGAGGUCUGAGCUUAGAGUUGGUUCUACAUGUACAUAUUCACCAGGCCCCGGUGAAAAGCUGGAUAGCCCUAUCCACCACUAAUCUAGUGUAUAGCGCUAUCCACCUUUUGAACCACUGGGAGCAGAUGUUUUUGUUCUUUGGAAAUCUUCCAUUUCGUUCCUUGUUCCUGUAGGGACAUGAUUCAGAAACACCACGGAUCUCAUCCAAACCUGUUACGCCUGUUUGGCUGGGUCUUCCCUCAGCCUGAUGUGCUGCACGUGGUUAUGGAAAAGGCAGAAAGAGGUCUGCUGUCCGCUCUCCAGAGCGGAUUACCACUGCUCAUUAGGAUGAACAUUGCGGUGGAUGUAGCUAAAGGUCUAAAGGCCAUCCAUGAGAUCAAUUACAUUUACGAGGACUUAAAGCCUGAAAACGUCUUGGUAAGAUUAGAAGCUCUUCAUCCCUAAUGAUGGUCAAAGUUCAAGGAAAACGUUCUGUUUUGUAAAAUCCUCGAUAGCAAAAUAAUAAGUUCCAUGCAAAAGUUUUGCCACAAUCGGUUUGAGUUAAAUUGAUAAUACCAUAGAAAAUUCGUCGGUAGACUCAAAAGCCAGAAUAACGGAAUAUCUCGACUUAAGUCAUUUUAGCUCGAUUUUAGCAGGGAAAUGAAUAAGCUUUUCUUUGAGCUUGCAUUAGGAGACGCAUUCAUAAUAAGGUUUUAGUAGAUAUAGGACCAGACAGGAGCCUUUGAGAAGUCGUUUAGACGUGUUUGUGCGUUUCUGUGUUCGAUUUGGAAUUCGAAAUAUUGGUUUCUAAAGGGAGAGGGGCAUCGGCGUACUGGGAGAAAAAUCUCUCGGAACUAGAAAGAACUUGCAAUCUGGUCCAAAACGGUGGGACGGGAGCUGCUCUAACCACGUAUAGCGCCACGCUUGGGAACCAAACGAGUCGGAGCGGACAAAGAUGGGAAAGGGGAAAGGCCAGGAGGUGGGAGUUCUCAUUGGGUGGGAAGCGGAAGAAAUAGGGGGAAAUUACUCAACAUUAUGCUAAAUAUUUCGUAAUCGAAAAGGGGCUUAAGGGAGGAAGCCAAGAGAAAAGGAGGGAGAGGUUUGGACACCUUCUCAAUCCCCCACCCCCCCCCCCAAUCGACACACCCUGUCCCUCCCCCACCCCCCACCCCCCAAUCGACUGAUGUUGGUGGUAAUUAAAGUAUAACUUAAGGUUCUUUUAUCUUUUUAGUUGACGUCUGAUGGAACAGCCAAGAUCAACCUCACCAAACCCGAAUUCCCGUACGAGAUGACUUCACUUGGAGCGCCAUUCCAUAUCUCACCGGAAAUGUACCAGCACCAUGGUACAGGCCAGCUGAGUUACCCGUCGUACGACGUCUAUGCAUUUGGAAUUCUGUUAUGGGUGCUUUGUGAGGGAUCGGGAGAGACACGGCCACGCGUGUACCGGCACCUGGAAACUAUCGAGGAGAUGAGGGAAGCAGUGGAGAAAGAAAUCUUUCCAGAGAGGUUCCCAGGGAUUACCGAUGCAUGCUGGGAUUUGAUGUGGAGUUGUUGGGAUCAAAGAGAAACUAUUCGUAUGGACAGUGUUGUCGAAAUUAUGGAAGGAAUAAAGAGGAGAUGUUGGGCAGAAUCUUAGAAAUUGCUUUAGAGCAUUCAGACAGUCCAUGCUUAAAACAAGGAAAUGAGACCUGAAGUGUUCUCCGGUAAGAUUCUCAGAUGGUCUGACGUCGCAUGCUGGAAGUGUAAGCCAGGGACUUCUGACCAUUUGAGAAGAUCACGUGUGAUCCCUUUGUAAGAGUUCGGAACAUAAUAACCCACUUGUAUUUCAGUUUGUUGUUUAGAUACCGUCAAUCAAUUUUCAUUGUGGUGUCAGUAUGGUGCGUCCUUGGCACGUAUAAAUUAGUGAGAAAAGAUUUAGAAUAAUAGGCCAACGUCAGUUGCAGAGUGAUAGACACAAAUAUAUUAUCAUCAACUAAUUCAUCGUAAAAGAAAGCGGCAGAAACUGACGAAUCGAGCACUAGCCCUUCAUCACAGCAAAUUAGGGGAUUGUGGGUUGACUGUGAUACAUGAAUCCAAAGGGGAAGCUACAGUGCUCAUGGUGGAACAGAAGACAAGCCUUUCAUUUAUUGUUAACUUUUCAUUAGAAGCUU